AUGGCGUCACCUUCUUCGCUGUCUCUUGCCACCGGCUCAUGUAGAGGAUCUAAAUCUCCGAGCAAGAAGGCCCUGAAUCCGAGCUUCGCUGACCUUCCAUCAGACCUCCUAGGUACAAUAAUGUCUUAUCUUGUCUUAAAAGACAACAUCCGUGCAUCUUGGGUUUGCAUGUCAUGGCGUGAAGCUGCUGUAUCUGUCCGUAUAGUAGAAAAGCAUCCUUGGCUUAUGUGCUUUCGUAAACGUGGCAACUUGGUUGAACUCCGCGAUCCGUUACAUUGGACUUCGUACACUUUGAGUUUGCCAGAGUUAGCUGACUCCACUGUGGGUUACGCAAGAGACGGCUGGUUACUUAUGAAUAAAACUAGAUCGAAAGACGUGUUCUUCUUCAAUCCGUUUUCACGGGAGGUCAUAACCUUGCCAGAGUGUGAGCUGGAUUUCGAUAAGAUUGCGUUCUCUUGUCCUCCAACAUCAGAUAACUGUGUGGUGGUAGCUAUAAGGUUUCCAGAUUUUUCUGCCACGAUCAGCACUUGCCAUCCUGGAGAUGAUAAGUGGAUAGGCAGAGAAUAA